AUGGUCCCAUUGGCAAUAAUAUAUAAUAUAGGUUUUCCGUUGGGAUUAAUGAUUACUCCACACGAAAAUAAAGAAGCUUAUAGUGAAUUUUUCCAAGUGAUUAUUAAUGAUACAGAUAUCACAAGAGAAGAGCUCCAAAAGCAUCCGAUCUUAGCGGAUCAAGGAUCUGCAAUUAAAUCUUUUUGUGAAAGUUUCGGACUCAAAAAGCUUCACUGUCUACGCCAUUUUAUGGAGAAUUUUGGAGCUAAUGGUGUAUUAGCUGCUAUUGUCUGUGACAUUUUAACAGCCCAGACUAAAGAUUUGUUUGAUGGUGCAUAUAAUUUAUAUGCCCCUGUUAUAAAUUAUUGGCAUCAAACUUCCCAAAUUACUCCAAAAGAAUUCAAAAAAUGGAGUAAAAUCCAAAAUGAAAAACAGUCAUUAGCACUGUAUUUGAGAAACCCACGCAUCUCAUCUAGUAACCAUAUUGAAUCUUUGCACAAACAACUGCAGCAAAAAAUACAUCAAAGAUGUGCGAUUUCUUUUUUGGAAAAACUCACUUGCAUUACUGAAUAUUUGAUUGAGCGUAUAAAUAAAAGCAAUUAUCCCGACAAGCAAAAUGCAACAGUAUAUUAUAAUAAGAUGAAAAAAGAUGCAAAAAGAAUCGUGACUUUUGAAAGACUAAAUCUCAAUGAUGACAAUACUAUUGAUUCAGUCAUUACGAGGUUAGACAAUUUUUCAAAAAACAUUCCUUCAACACUCCCAAAGUAUGGAAUAAACAUUCCAAACCAGUAUGAGCUGGCUAUUCGCCAAUUAAAGAAUAUAAGAUGGCCUGAAUUAGCAAAUAUUCCAAGAAUCUCUUCGUAUAAAAUCGAGUUCUUAAGCAAUUCAGAUGCCGAGAUUCCAAAAAUUGGCAACAAAUCAAUGAGAUCAAAAGCUGCAAUUCCUAAGAAGGUUGACAAAUUCCUCACUCAAUCAGUAGAACAAGAAUUCACUCCAGAAGGCCUUCUUAAUGAAAAUAUGAAGCUUUAUUUCACAUCAAAGCUGCUUGGACUCGGCUCGCUUGAGAAGGCAUCAUUGUUCCUUGAAUUUUAUAUUAAUAAAGAAGCAGGUGAUAUUUAUGACGCCCAAAAAUUUAUAAAUUUUUUGUUCGAAAAAUCAAAGGACAAAAAAUUUGUGAAAAUUGUUAAUGAUUUCAAGAAAUUUUAUUAA